AUGGACUCUAUCGACGAUAACAAUCCUUUCACCAAGGCCCAGACCGUGCAUCCUGAAGUUCGCGCCUAUGUGUACAGUCUGGUUAACGCACUUGGUGGGAGUAGCACAGACGAUGAUGGCCGCUACGUCCUCGGUGACGAUGCGCUCGCGUGUCUUCGAGAUCUCAAGCGGUGGUUGAAGCUAUACGACGAGAAGAACAACAGACUCGACGUAGCGAGAUGUCUGGCAGAAGCCAAACUCGUUGGGGGAGACCUAGUCCCCAUUCUGGCCUCAUGGCCAGAGAACGGCAAGGAGAACAAGCUGAAAGCUCGAGUUGCGCUGGCAUGCUUAGAAGUAUUGGUGCCCCUGACAUGGCCGCUGGAGACCACAGGAGAAAUGACCGUCAACCAUCACCGACACACGCCAUACAUUCAGCAAGCACAAGUCGUCUACAAAGCGGCAGUCCUGGGCUGCGAUACUAGUAGUAUUCUGCGGCAAGUAGUGCGGAUUGGUCUCCCUUCAAUAGCCGUGGCAAGAGACGAGAGGACCAGCCGAGACGAAGGCAUCCUCAAGCUCAUGCUCUAUUUCUUUCGCAAUAUCGCCGUUAUUCAGCAGAUCCCCAAUCUACCCAGCCAAGGUUUGGACUCGGAAGUCUCCAGAUCAGCGACCAUAGAGGCAUUUAGGGACCAAGAUGUGUUCGCUUUGCUUCUGACCAUCUGCUCAAAUAUGGGCGAAGACUUCAACUUGCAGGACGUUAUUGUGUUGGAUAUAAUGUUCAACUUGAUCAAGGGUGUCGACCCACGAAGGUUGUGGAUGACCCAGCAAGAGAGAAAAAGCCAGGGUAUCACGGAUCUAGGGGCUGCUCUGGCCGUGGAGGAAAGCAAGAAUCGAGACGCGAAGAAGCAUCAAAACAGCAGACACGGACGAUUCGGAACCAUGCUCUGGGUGAAGCGAGACGGAGAAAAGAUGUCGGCUGUUUCGGGUCAAGACAACCUCCGGAACGAUCAGCAAGCCUUAUUGAACAUGGACAAAUCGAAGAAAUGGAACAAGCCCCAACAGAAACGCAGGGACAUUGACCACACGAUCCACGAUUUCGACCGCACUACGCAUCUCACCGAUUCUGCUGCCGAGAAACUACGGAACUUCGUCGAGGAGUUCCUCGAUUCUGGCUUCAAUCCAUUCUUUACACAUCUCCGCAAAGCCAUCGAGCGAGAAGCUGAACGUUUGUCCGACGUCAAUUAUCGCCAGUUUUUCUAUGCGGUAGCAUGGUUUCUCGAAGCCGAGCGCAUCCGGCGGGAGACGCAGAAGAAGGAGGUAAAGCCAGACAAAGUCCGCGACGACUUCACUGAUGAGAGUUAUUCAAUCGUUGCAGCUGUUCUCAAUCAGGAGUCAUUCAUCAUGCUGAAUCGAUUCAUGCAAGUGUCUUUGGAUAACAAAGAGUGGCAGGACUUGAAUGCCUGCAUGCGAUGCUUCACUCAGAUUUUGCUUACAGUCCAAGAAAUGGCACAGAGCCCUUUGGAGGAGGAUCAAGAAAUCGCAGACAACAUCCAGAACCGAAUAUUCUACGAGGAAACAACGCAUGAUCGGGUUGUAGAAAUCCUGAGAGGCUACAAGGAUCAAGGUUUUGGUUAUCUCGAUGCCUGCACCGAGCUCUCUCACGUCUUUUUACGCAUGCUGGAGAGAUAUUCGAAGGAGAAUGUCGACCUGCAGAUACGCUCUCGUCGCAGAGCGAAGAAGAAGCGGAAGGAGGAAAUGAAAAAACUGGCUCAACCUGGCGAUGAUCCUGGUGCAGAUGACGAGGUGUCGGAAAACGAAGACAUUGCGGACGUUGUUCAAGUCUCCAAGGAACGAAAGUUCGAUUUCAACCGAUUCGCAGCAAAAUUCUCCACCCAGAAUUCAGUCAACACCUUUGUCUCUCUUACCACCUUAUACCGAGAUCUUAGCAUGGAACAACUCAAACGUGCCCAUCGAUUCUUCUACCGAGUGGCAUUCAAGCAGGAUCUGGCUGUCCUCCUUUAUCGCAUCGACAUUAUCGCUCUAUUCAACAAGAUGAUCAAUGGUCCGGAGGGCCUUGACAGGAAGCAUGCGAUGUACAAGGAAUGGUCCGAGUUUGCCAGACAAGUGUUCAAGAAAAUGUUCAAGAAGAUCGAUCAGAGGCCGGAGCUGAUAGUGGAAAUGCUAUUCAGUAAAAUCAACUCGACAUUGUACUAUCUGGAGUACGGUCAGGAGAAACAGACAAUGGCAACAAGUCGUGCUCCUGCAGAGCUAGAAGUCAGGCCGGCGCCCGGAAGAGAUGUGAAAGAGCAGAUCGGCAUUGUUGUCACCGCUCUGCUGAAAGACGGCAAGACAGACCUUGUGCGAUGGGUCAAAACCAUGUUGGGAAAUGCCUUCGACGAAAGACAUGCUUGGGAAGCAGAAGCCGAGACACGGAGAGCGGCAAUCGUCGAGGCCGCGCAAAAGGAUGGUGAGGAUAGCCCCGAAAAUGUUGAUGUUGGCAAGCCAUCAUACAUCACAGUGCAUCCUUCGUCGGAGGACAUUAAAAUGGCAAUGUUCAAGAACGGAAAACUGAAGUUGUUGAUGCGCCUCGUUGACUUCGAAAUGCUCGGAGACGAAAACGUGCUUGGAGCGGGCUGGAUCAUCCCUGGACACAUAUCCGCUGGACAGCUUUCAGAGCACAAAGCCGCAAUAGAACAUUACGAACAGACACCGUGGCAGGGGGAGGACGAGAACGAAGAAGCCGAAGAUAUGAUCCGCCGUGCAAGGAACAAGGAGAAGAUGAGUCAGGACGAUGAGGACGACGCACUGCGCGGCACAUUCCUUGAUGAUUCUGAAGGCGAAGAGGAGUUUCUCUUUCCGGAUAAUCCGCGCAAAAAGAGAAGCAAAGAUGCCAUCGCUGAACUCCGAGCGAGGCGCAAAAGAAAGCGAGGCGAGGAGGAUGAUGGUGAAGAUGACAUUGACGAGGGACUGGCAGCCGCAAGAAGAGCAGCGCGACGAGCAGCUGCAAUGGAUAGGCGGCGCAAAAUCAAGAGUGAAGCUUAUAUCAGGGACAGUGACGACGAAUCGGAUGCGGAGAAGGAUCGCGAGUUCUUCGAAAAGGAGGAGCAGAUGCGCACAAAGUAUGCAGAGAAGAUCCGGAACGAGCUUCGAAACCAGACCGGCCUGGGCAUCAAUGUACAGCGAUCGAAAACAACGAAAGGACCCCGAAAUAAGCAUGUUGCUCGGACAGAAGAAGACCGAGAUAGUGAUGACGAUCUGCUCAUGAGUGAUCUCGAUGACCAACACACCGAGACGGCAUCAUCACAGCAACGACGCGCUUGGGAUAGUGAUGAAGAGGGAGAGGAGGAAGACGAUACCCCAAUGUCUUCUCAAAGCGCGAGCGCGAAAAUUGAUGCGAGAAAUGAAAAGACAGUCCUCGGGGAGCUUGACCAAGGACGCGCAGCUGUCGAGCCACAGACAAAGGCAGCAGCAGGGGAGAUAGAGCUCAGCGACGAGGAUGAAGAUGUCAUUCCAACCGCGAGACGACGGCCUGUGAUGAGGGGAGGGUUUGUCGUGGACAGUGACGACGAUGACUGA